UGCAGGCGGCCCACGGCAUCGUCCACGAGGGCCUGCUGCACUGGUCGGGCGCCGAGGGGCUCGACGAGGCCCAGCGGAUCCUCCACGCGCGGCACGAGUUCGACGUCUUGGAGAUAGAAGCCGGCGGUCCCAGCGACGAAAAGGACCUCAAAAAGGCCUACAGAAAACUGGCCCUGCGGGUGCAUCCGGACAAGAUAUCGGACGAGGGCCGCCGGGAGGCGUUCAACCAGGCCUUCGCGCGCCUGGAGGCGGCCCGCGAGGCCCUCGAGCGCAUGCUCGACGCCGACGGCGAGGCGUGCCGGGAGCUGCACCGGGUGCUGCGCUUCCAGGUGCACACGCGCGAGGCGGCGGCCGAGCUGCUGGGCGUGGACAAAGUGGUCUCUUGGGACACCGAGCGCCUGGUCGAGGAUGCCGAGAAGGCAUCCAGAAAGUUGAUCAAAGGGCUAGAGAAGAUGGAGGGCGUGGCCGGCGGCACCCACAAGCUGGCGGUGGCGAUGUGCCGGGAGGCCGUCGAGACGAUCCGGCGACCCAAUUCGGUGGAGGCCCUGCCUCGUCAGGAGGCCCUGCUGCGCGUGGGCCUCUCCACCUCGCGGGCCAUGGGCGCCCGGGACCUGCGCUUCCCGUCGCCGGCGGUGCUGAUGGAGCCCGAGAGCACCUCCUGGACGCUGCCUUCGGACAAGGGCUGCCGACUGGCCCUGCUCUCCGGCGCCACCGCGGCCAUGGAGACGCAGAGGCUGGUGGCGAACGCGGCGAGGCUGAGGAGGAGGCCGAAGGCGGCUGCCCUGCAGUGGUGCCUCGCUUCGGAGGCCAGUGCGGCCUCCGUGGGCGCCGUCUGCAUCGUCUUCGAUUCGAAGGCGAAGAGAGGCAGAGACGAGGGCCCCGCCGCGAAGCGCCCCAAGACGGCGGCCGGGUCCCGAGACGGCGCGGUCUUCCUCCGGCACAUCCUCUUCCGGCGCCCGCCGGGCCGGGGGGCGGAGCUGCUGGGCCCAGGGGCCUCCCGCCGGCCGCGGCCGCCAGAGGGCCCCGCGGGGGCGCGUCGUGCUCGGGCGCGCGUGCACGCUGUCGACUCCUCGGCGAGGGCCCUGGAGGCGCAGCCUGCAGCGUCUCGAGCAGGCACGGGGAAGAGAGAGCGCGCGGCGCGCCUGCCCGCGGCGGCCGGGGCGUCGUCCCCGAUGUUGAUGCACCAGUGCCUGACGGACUGCUGCUGA